AUGCUAAGCUAUUUUCAAGGGUUUGUGCCCAUACAUACCAUAUUCUACUCUGUGUUCCAUCCCACAGAAGGUUCUAAAAUUAAAUAUGAGUUUCCCCCAAACAACCUGAAGAAUCAUGGCAUCAAUUUCAACACAAUCAAGAACUACAUUAUACCAAAGCCUGUACUGUGCCACAAGUUGAUUACUUUCAAAUAUGGUACGUACAGAAUUGUAUGCUACCCCGUGACAAUCAAUUCUCCUAUAUAUGCUAGGAAUUUUUUCAGCUUUAACUUCGUCUUUGUAUUCCCAUAUGAUUGCGAGACGUCUCCUUAUGAGCCGGCCAUCACUAGACUGGGCAAAAUGUUCAAAGUACUAGAAGAGCAAAACCAAUUGCUGUCCAAGUCUGAAAAAGACCCAGUUUUCUUUGAUUUAAAAGCAUUGGAAAACUCCACGAUAGCGCCUUCUACUGCAUGCCCCCCGGCCACAUCAAAUACCAGUAGCAACACCACACCAACACAUCCUACAUCCGACAAAGAUGCGAAGGAUCUGAGAAACAGCAGAUACAAUGAUCUCGUCAAGGAUUUUGAGCUUCCAGAGUCCACGUUUUCCAUACAAGAUUUACUCAUGAGAAUCUUUCAAGAUCUGAAUAAUUACUCCGAGUGUCUCAUACCGAUAGAUGAGGGAAAUGCAGUAGAUAUAAAGAUUUUUCCGCUUUUAAGACCGCCUACAACUUGUGUUUCACUGGAAGAUGUGCCGUUGUCGUCUGUGAAUUUGGAAAAAAUUAUUGAUGUAAACUGGGAUCCAACUAUGAUGAACAUAGUCCCCUAUAUUGAUGGUUUAAACAGUAUUGCAAAAAUUUCCAAGCUGAGUAACAGCGAUCCUAGCCUAGUGAUAGAGUGCAUAAGACAUUUAAUAUACUACAAGUGUGUCACAUUAUCAGAUAUUUUCCAAUUUUCCAACAUAUAUGCGCCCUCUUCAUCAAUCAGAAAUUUUUUGACCGACCCAUUAAUGGCCAAUGAUUGCCAAUAUUAUGUCACAUUCCCCGAAGUAUCUAAAAUAUCAAGCUUGCCUCUAAACAAAAAUCUGACUUCUGGUGACCUAGAUUCGCCAUCAUUCUCUGUACGAAGGAAAUCUAAGUCGUCUAGCAUACCCUCAAACCCGGGCUCUAGAACUACAUCUUUUAGUUCCACCAGUAAAGUUUCUCAAAACUCUUCUAUAAAUUCCUCUUUUUCAUCCGCUUAUAGAGAUUGGAGACAAUCACAGACGUCUUGUUCAAGCUCAAACAUUCAUAUUUCCAACAACCGUAAUCGGUUCCUGCCAACAAGAUCAUGUUUAUUUGACCUCUAUAGAUCGCUCUCACAGGGGCAAACAUUAAAGGCAUGGUACGAAUCAAAGUAUAUGAUUAUAAAAGAUAAUAACAUCGAUAUAAGAAGAUUCAUAACAUUUGGUCUAGAAAAGCGUAUCAUCUAUAGAUCCUACUCUUAUCCUGUGAUGUUGAGCGUUGGUCCACGAGAAACGAAAGAAACAGCCCCAAUUAUUGCAAAGGAUUCCCCAAAUGAGAGCAACUCAUCAGAAAAAAAAUAUCACGAACAUUCAUUCUCAAUUAUUAGGUCUAAAAACGCGGUACUAUUUAAUAAUAUAAAAUCAGGAAGACCAUCAAAGGUUUCAUUUGAUAUGCAAAAGGCAAGUUCUUUGAUAACAGGUGAAUCCACUAUACCCAAACUUAGUGACGAUGAAGAACGUAUUCUUGAGGAAUCUGUUAGGAGUGCUGAAAAUUUUGAUAAAAUUUGCGUUUUGCUCGGUAAACCUAAACUAGAAGUCGAGAAUUAUUUAAAUGAGUUAGGGGAAUUUAAGAUAAUUAAUAGUUGA